CCCGCUUGGCUUCAAUCGAUCGGAUUCUUUAUCUCUUUCUAUUCCACGCCGUAUAAUAAGCAGCUGUGCUAAACAAAUCUCAUCUCCCACGUAGGCUUGUUUCGAGCUACAGCACAAGAGCGACAGAGACAGACGAACUGUUCACUGCACUCGCUCGCGCAGACGCGUGCAUCUGACUGCGGCCGGUAAUGUGUAGUAGCUGAGUAUCUUGUGUCUAUCGGUGAUCAUUUCAUAUCCUGGAGAGUAUUUUUUGAGGAAACCCGAGACUUCAAUCGUGCUGUGCAGGAGAAGUAGUCAUGGAGAAGGCUCAGCCGCAGUCGGCACCGCCGACGAUAAAAAGCGAUAGCGAUGAUCUGUAUGAAGGUCUGCUCCAGAGGCACAUCCUCACCGAGCUGGUUGUUAUAUCUUGGAUCAUCUUCCUCUGGGAGCUGUAUCUCACCUUCCGGCAGCGACGAUUGGUGCAAAAAUUGGCUGAACCACCGAAGGUUCUCGACGGAUUGGUAGAGGAAGAUGUCUACAAGAAAGCGCGAAGUUACUCCCUGGAUAAGAGUACCUUCGAGAUAGUCCAAGACGUGUACUCCAAUGUUAUAAACACGAUUUUUAUGACAUGCUGGGGUUUCUACUUUGUCUGGAUAUGGGGCAAAUAUCUCGUCGAAUACGUCGGUCUGGACCCGAAAAACGAGAUCUACGUAACGGCUGGCUGUAUCACAGUCAUGAGGAUCUAUUCGACGAUCUUGUGCGAUUUGCCAUUCACGGUUUAUGAUACCUUCGUGUUGGAGCAAAAACACAACUUUAACAACCAAACGCCGCUGUUCUUCAUCAAGGAUCAAAUAAUCAAGUUCCUGGUAUCUCAGAUAUUGAUGGUUCCACUUAUCUGCGGUAUGGUGUGGAUUGUAAUGAACGGAGGUGACUACUUCUUCCUCUACCUCUGGCUCUUCACUGUUGGCAUGAGUCUGCUUCUGAUGAUCAUCUAUCCAGAGCUGAUUGCUCCUCUGUUCGAUAAGUACACGCCGUUGCCGGAGGGCGAUCUCAAGAACCGUAUCGAGGCACUCGCUUCGAGUCUCAAUUAUCCUCUAUACAAGCUCUACAUUGUCGAGGGCUCGCGUAGAUCGUCUCACAGCAAUGCGUAUCUGUACGGAUUCUACAAGUACAAGAGGAUAGUAUUGUACGACACCCUCGUCGCUGAGUACCAGAAGAAGAAGAUUGAAGAGGAAGAAAAGGCUAAAGCUGAGAAACAAGACUCCAGCGAAAAUACCGGUGAAGAAAAGAAGGAGGUAGAUGCGAAGCCGAAGGAGAGCCGAGGCUGCGAGACUGAUGAGAUCAUUGCCGUUCUUGCGCACGAGCUCGGACACUGGCAACAUAGCCAUGCGCUUCAGGGUUUCCUCUUCGGGCAGGUUAUCUUCCUGUGUAACUUCAUCUCGUUCGCUCAACUGCUGCACUACGCGCCGAUUUAUGAGGCUUUCGGAUUUACUGACAGCAAGCCAGUUCUUAUAGGACUUAUGGUAGUGACGAUGUACGUCCUUGCGCCUUUGAAUAAGCUGCUAACCUGGGCACUAACGGUGAACUCGCGAAGGUUCGAGUUCCAGGCGGAUAGGUACGCUGCUAGCCUAGGUCACGGCGAGCCCCUGCAGCGAGCUCUGGUUAAGCUGCAUAAAGACAACUUGGGCUAUCCUCUUUUCGACAAACUUUACUCCAACUGGCAUCACAGUCAUCCGCCUCUACUCGAGCGGCUCGAUGCCAUUAAGAAGGAUGUCUAAGGAAAGUGGACUAAACGAGCAACUCCCACGCAACUCCGAGACGUUCGCCCAGCUGCUUUUUGCCGGGCAUGUGUAGAAGCGUAAAAUUGCAGACUGCAUGAGAAGUGCGAGUAAGAGUGAGCGAGCGUGAGAGAAUAUUGACGCGUGAAUGGAUGGUAACGAUGCGUGUACUGACUUUAUUGUCGUAAACGGCGGAAAUUCUCGAUUGGUGCACGUGUGGAUUUUUUUUUCUACUUUUUAGGAGUGAAAGUUCAAGCCGUCGUUUUUGUUUUGAGUGAUACUUUACGUGCAAAUACUGAAUUAUUCCAGUGAUAACAUACUUUGAUUUGUACGAAGCGUAAAACAUUGUUUGUCGUUUUGUUGCAUGAACGAUAUUUGACAACGUUCGGAAAUUUUCAAAUUUGUUCUGAUUGUGUAACAAAUUCGCACAUAGAACGUUGGAUUUUUGCCGCCAAAUGACAAAUGAUAAUAUUGCAUGAAACCAAAUAUUUUUAGUAUUUGAUUCUUAUAAAAAAAAAAUCACAAAGAUAAUUGCAGUAUGGUUUAUGCUAUUUAUUUCGUUACAUUAAGUGUAUCUUCAUUUUAUAUGAGAAAAAACUGGCGCUUGUGAAAAACUUUUAAAUAAAAUACAAUACUCCUAUAUACAAAA